GUCGCGGGACUGAGCGACAGAAGCCAGCGGCGAGCCCGGAGCGAGCGCCGAGUGGCUGGGGGCGCCGUCUGGGCGUGCGCCCCCGACCUAUGGCUGGCUGGUGGCACCCAGAGCCCGGGAGCGACGCGCCCCUCGGCGUGGAGCGCUCCCAGGGGCUGCGCUGAGGCGGCGGCGGCAACGGUGGCAAUGCAGCCAGCGCAGCGGCGGCCGGGACCGGGAACGGCCGCUCGGAGCUUGAAGGACGCGGGACGCGCCGCGCCCCGGCCACUGACGGAGAAGUGCCCCCACCUGGAGUCAGCCUGGGGGCAGGCCAGGGUCCACCAGACCCCGGGAUGACCGCAGCCAGUCGGGCCAACCCCUACAGCAUCGUAUCAUCAGAGGAGGACGGGCUGCACCUGGUUACCAUGUCAGGCGCCAACGGUUUUGGCAAUGGCAAGGUGCAUACACGGCGCCGGUGCCGCAACCGCUUUGUCAAGAAGAACGGUCAGUGCAACAUUGAAUUCGCCAACAUGGAUGAGAAGUCACAGCGCUACCUGGCUGACAUGUUUACCACGUGUGUGGAUAUCCGCUGGCGCUACAUGCUGCUCAUCUUCUCUCUGGCCUUUCUUGCCUCCUGGUUGCUGUUCGGCAUCAUCUUCUGGGUCAUUGCUGUCGCCCACGGAGACCUGGAGCCAGCCGAGGGUCGUGGCCGUACACCCUGUGUGCUGCAGGUCCAUGGCUUUAUGGCAGCCUUUCUCUUCUCCAUUGAGACACAGACCACCAUUGGCUACGGGCUACGCUGUGUGACAGAAGAGUGCCCGGUGGCUGUCUUCAUGGUGGUGGCACAGUCCAUUGUGGGCUGCAUCAUUGACUCUUUCAUGAUUGGUGCCAUCAUGGCCAAGAUGGCACGGCCCAAGAAGCGAGCACAGACUCUGCUUUUCAGCCAUAAUGCCGUGGUGGCUCUGCGUGACGGCAAGCUCUGCCUCAUGUGGCGCGUGGGCAACCUGCGCAAGAGCCACAUCGUAGAGGCUCACGUGCGAGCCCAGCUCAUCAAGCCCAGGGUGACAGAGGAGGGUGAGUACAUCCCACUGGACCAGAUUGACAUUGAUGUUGGCUUUGACAAGGGCCUAGACCGGAUCUUCCUGGUAUCACCCAUCACCAUCUUGCACGAGAUUGAUGAGGCUAGCCCACUGUUCGGCAUUAGCCGUCAGGACCUCGAGACGGAUGACUUUGAGAUUGUGGUCAUCCUAGAAGGCAUGGUAGAGGCCACAGCCAUGACCACACAGGCUCGCAGUUCCUACCUGGCUAAUGAGAUCCUAUGGGGCCACCGCUUUGAGCCAGUGCUCUUCGAAGAGAAGAACCAGUACAAGAUUGACUACUCACACUUCCACAAGACCUAUGAGGUGCCAUCUACACCCCGCUGCAGCGCCAAGGACCUGGUGGAGAACAAGUUCCUCCUGCCCAGUGCCAACUCUUUCUGCUAUGAGAAUGAGCUGGCCUUCCUGAGCCGGGAUGAGGAGGACGAAGUGGCUACAGACCGGGAUGGCCGCAGCCCUCAGCCUGAGCAUGACUUUGACAGACUCCAGGCCAGCAGUGGUGCCCUGGAGCGGCCCUACAGACGGGAGUCAGAGAUUUGAGUGCCCUUGGCUUAGAUGCAGCACCACCCCGACCACAAUAGGUCCCCAUGUCCCUUGGGGACCUGUGUUUGAGCAGAGCAGGCCAAAUGCCUCGGGUCACAGACUCAGUAGCAUCUUAGUCUUUUUCAUGUUUUUUCCGCAAUAGCUUGGGAAAGUUGGCGGGAGAGUGAACGGCCAGAAUGACCAGCUCAUGGCCUCAGAGGCUGGUGUAUACACAUGAGCAAGGAGGUGACUUCUUGGGGAAGGGUUGCACAGGAGUUGGGGACUCUGCUGGAGGCCUCGGGAGCAGGUCCCAGCCCUGGUGGGAGGAGGCUGUGUAUGUAGACUUCAUUGGUUUUUAACUUGGGUAAGACUGUUUACAAACAAAAACAAAAAACUACAAAACACAAGAAAACACUAACAGGUGGUUCAAUUUUUAAAAUUCAUGGUGUGGGGACAGUUGGAAUUCUACUCAGUGCUGCCAGGCAGGCAGCUGGACAGAGAACCCUGAAGGUUCUCAGAGGUCUGGUUUCUCCCUCACGUGGGCCAGGGCCCUGCAAGUUGUCACUCUUAAGGAUGAAUCAGGCUGCUUGUGACCAUGUUGACAAUCCUAAUAAAGUGUCUGGAUGUCCCUGGGGGUGGGGUCCACGAGGGUGAA